AUGUUGGCAUGCCUGGAGGGCCUUAAAACCAUUCAUCUACAUUACUGUGAAAGGGCAGUGUUAGAAAGUGAUUGUCUACGUGUGGUGCAAACGCUGACAAGUGAUGAGCGGAACAUAUCACAAUUUUGGAGUAUCAUCCUGGAUGCUAAGGGGCUGUUGUGGGCUUUUGACCAUAUUUCUGUUAGAAAGGUAGCUCGGGAGUCAAAACUCCCCAAAUUCACACCACGAUUCCAAACCCUAGCCAUGGCGACCGGGGCGGCGGCGAAGACUCCGACCAAGCUAUCGACCCUGCCGGCGACGGCGAGGACCCCCGCCAAGCACCCGGCCCCGUCGGCGCCCAAGACCCCGUCCGUCUCCCGCGCGCGGCCCGCGCAGGCCUCCGAGAACUCCGACCCCAACAUCCUCGCCUCCCCUCCCCCGCCGCCGUCCAAGCCCGCCGCCAGGGCCAAGACUCCGUCCAGGUCCGUCUCCCGCGCGCGCCCCUCGCAGGCCUCCGAGAACUCCGACCCCAACGCCCUUGCCUCCCCUCCCCCGCCGCCGUCCAGGGCCCCGACCACCGCCACCGCCACCGCCUCCGUCCGGCGGAGGCGCCGCACGCUCGCCCCCGUCCCGCCGCCGCCGGCCCCGCAGCGCCGGUUCCUCGUCGCGAAGAAGGGCGCGCAUCGGCGUCGCCACAACAACAACAACACCGGCGACGCGGGCGCGUUCGACUUCGACAAGUGCCGCGAGGCCGCGCGCGAGGCGCUGCGCGCGUCGCAGGAGGAGUUCUUCCUCAAGGAGCGCCAGGCGUCCGCCACCGCCGAUGACCAACCCAAAAAGGAGGAGGAGGAGGGAGCGGCCCAAGAGGAGGCACACGCUGCCGCCGUCGAGGAAGCAGAGGAAGGGGACGCGGCCGGACUGGAGGGGAGCAGCAAGGUGAGGGCGAUCCGGAGCAGGGUGAUGGCCAAGGCGCUGACCAGCGUGCCGGACUCCGGGUCCGGCCGCGUCAGGCACCUCGUGGACGCAUUCGAGAGCCUACUCUCCAUCUCCGGCGCCACCGCCGACACCGAGCGGGCCGGCGAGGAGGCGUGGGCGCUGCCGGGGCUGCAGCCGUGGAAGGAGGGCGCUGACGCGGUGUUCUCCUCGGCCGAUUUCCUGGACCUGGGGCCGACCAGGCUCUGCAGCUCACUCGACGGCAAGAGCAACAGAUCCAGCUGGGACAGCCAGGCUACCACCGGAGGCCGCAGGAGCCGGCGGAACUCAUCUGAGUCGCUAAGGAGCAGCUGGAACAGGAAGCUCAAGGUCACUAGCCAGCACCCUUUCAAGCUCAGAACAGAGCAACGAGGAAUGGCAAAAAAGCAGCAGUUCAUUCAGAAAGUGCAGGAAAUGCUCGUUGAGGAUGAAAAGAAGCGCAUACAUAUCGCUCAAGGACUUCCAUGGACAACAGAUGAGCCUGAGUGCUUGAUAAAGCCACCGGUCAAGGAAAGGACUGAGCCAGUUGACCUCGUUCUCCAUAGUGAUGUCCGAGCAGUUGAACGUGCUGGAUUCGAUCAAUACGUAUCCGAGAGGACCAAGUACGCUGAGCAACUAAGGCUGGAGCGGGAGCAACAAGAGAAGCUGGAGGAGGAAGAAAUGAUCAGGCAGUUGAGGAAAGAGCUUGUUCCCAAAGCACAGCCAAUGCCAUAUUUUGAUCGGCCAUUCGUCCCAAAAAGGUCCACAAAGGGCAUAACAAUUCCAAAGGAGCCAAACUUUCAUCUCCGGCCUGAAAGGUUGUCAUGUUACUAUCGACAGCGAUGCAUGGUCAACGGAAAGCUGAAGACUUCAGCCCAUCAGCGACAUGAACAUCAACCGCAUCUACGAAGCACCGAAGAGCAUCAACACGCAUGA